CAUUUUGUUUCGGAAACUGCUCUGUGUGUGUACUGUGUGUGCGAUAUGUGUGAGAUUGACUGAGCUCGUUGCAUGUUUUGUGUACAAUCCACAUGUAGCACAGAAAAACAACUACACAAGUCAAACAAAAUGUCAGAACAGGGUGGUCACGAUAACAAGCUGGGUACCAAUGAUGGUGAGCACUCUAAGGGAACCAGCUCAACGUCAGAAUCAAUCAGGAUAAAAGUCAGAGAUGAACUGGGUAUGGAAGUCAUUUUUAAAGUAAAGCUGAACACGGCGAUGAGAAAAAUCAAGGAAAAGUACUGUGAAAAAAGCACAAAACCCCCAUCUACAGUUAGGUUUCUCUUCGAUGGUGAGACGGUAAAUGAUGACACAACACCGAAAGAGCUUGAGAUGGAACCAGACGACAUCAUCGAAGUAGUCACGGCGCAGACAGGGGGAUACCGACCAUACCACAAUUGAUAACUGGUACUAUUUAAUUUUUGAAUUUUUUUUUCCUUGCUGUAGUUUUUUUUAUUCAUACUUCAUGCAAACACAAAGUAAAAGUUUGAAAUCCUAAGAUUUUUCGGCACACGAUUCGAACGUACUGCGGAGCGAAUCGUGUGCUUGGAGCUCGUUUUUCAACGUCAAGUUGGAGAAUUUGUAUGAAGUAUGAGUUGGCUUUUAUAAUGUAACAUAAUCAAGUGAAGGUUUGGAGAAGGAACCUAUAACAAAAGAGAACAAUAGGGUCCACGGUUGGAAAGUGUGUACAAAACCAAUUGGAGAUGUUGCAAAAAACAGCGGUAUUAACAAAAGAGGGACAAAAGGAGGUCCACGAUUGCAGGCAUAUACAAACUCUUGUGUGUGUGUGUGUGUUUGUAGGCACACAGUAGGAUAGCAUAGGAGGUAAGCUUGGAUGAUAUCGAUUUAUUUUAAUCACGAUAUAUCAUCGACAAUAUAUUGCGAUAUUUGAUAUAAUCGCGAUUAAUUAAAUU